AUGGAAUCACGGAAGGGAAGCACAAGUAGUGAUUUGAAGGGCGAGACAAAGAAGAGUGAAACGAAAAAAUGUUUUACAAAACAGGGGAUUCCUUCCGUAGGGAGUAACCACAAAAUGAGAAAAAAUUCCAACGGUGAAGAAAGCAAAAAAGGGAAAGACUUCCCAGAGAAGGAAAAUAAGAAUUGCAGCAAAAGUGAGAAAGUGGAAAAGGGGGCAAUGGAAAAAGAGACAAACGAUGUUGAUAGCAAUUUAAGUUAUAAAAAAUUAAGAAAGAAAUUAAAUAAUUUAAAUUAUAAGGGGUCAUUAUGCCUGUCCUGCACACCAUUAGUGCAAAUAAUUUUUGAUGAUUUGAUACAGGCCAUUCAGAAUUUCCAAAAGUUGUCUGAUAAGUAUGAAGACUCGCAGAGGAGAUACAAAGAGUUGGUAAAAGAAAAGAGAAAGAACAACUCUCAAAUGGAGUUAAAAGAAGGAGGGGAUGGAGAAAUUGGAAACAGUUUGUUCCUGAGUGGGGAGUAUCGAGAAGGGGACGACAGACCUAAUCAGGUAGAGGCUGGAGUUGUCCCUGAUGAGUCAAACAGAACAGCUCAGAAUGAGCAUAGCCUAUCCGGAGCAUCGAAACAGUACGAGCACAAGAUUUCAGAAUUGUGCAAACAAGUGGAGGAAGAAUGCAAGUUGAAGGAAACCUAUAUGAAGGAAAAUAAAAAGUUAAAAUUCACCUUGGAGAUGCUACAAAAUGAGAAGAAAGACAAAUUGGAUGAAUCCACGGAGAACAUAUCUGCUGAUGAUUUCUCAUCCUUAAAGAACAGAACUAAAUCUUUUGACGAUUUUGAAAUUGACAAAAUUAAGAAAAAGGAAAAGAAGUUGUGCCAAAUGGGAAGCAGCCUAAUCAAUGAACACACCAUAUCGUUAGGAAAGGAAUUAUCCUACUACAAGAAUUUAUGUAAAGAGUUCAAAGUGGAGAUAGAUCGGAUAAGGAAGGAAAGUGAUGGGGAGCAUCCCACCCAGGGAGAAAACAAAAAGGGUUGGACAGAUGAAAAUGCCAUUCAGGGAGAACUCUUAGUGGAAGAGAAGAAUACAGAAAUAAAAUACCUGAAGGAAAGACUAAGUGAGUACGAAAUGGAAAUCAGAAAAUUAAACGAACUGAGGAUGAUGAACGAUAUUAAGGAGAAGAAGGAGUUCAGCGACGAGGAGUCGGCAUGUGAAAGCACUUCAAGUGAAUUUCUCAACGGGGAGCACACGAUGUGUAACUUCGAUCCGGAUGAGGAUACCUUAAGUGGGGAUAUGCAAACGAAAAAUGGAAGCUCUGUGAGGAAGGACAGCAAUUUAAGCAAAAUCGUAAAAUCAAGGAACAGAGAAAUUUAUCAUCUGAAAAAUAGGGUAAAAUUGUUGGAGACAGAACUUCAGAUGAAGAACGAAGAGGAGAAGAAGUAUGAGAAGCUCCAUCGGGUGGGUGAUAACAGAGCUGGAGAGCUUUUAAAUGAUAACCCCUCCAAUGGAAUGGAUAUAAAGGGAUCAGGUAGCUACGGAGUGGAGGAGGAAGAGAUGAGGAAGCGCAGAGAACUUGAAAGAGAACUGCAGGAAUUGCAAUCCGUUCUGGAAGGAGUGAAAGCAGAACUGAAGGAAGAAAAAAAAAGAAGCGAUAAGUAUGAAAAGAAAUACAAUGAAGAAAGAUGUGAAAUUGGCAUUUUGAAGGAUGAACUGAAAAAUUUAGAAAAACAAAUUAAAGUGAAGGAAAGUGAAUUUAAUCUGAACAAGAAUACAAUAAAUAAUCUAAAAUUGGAAUCAGCCGAAUUUAAUAACAUCAUGUCUUUUUCGAACGAAACGAAGAAGCAUCUGACUGAGUAUAUUCACAAUUUAUUAAAUAAGUUGAGUGAAGGAAAUGACAAAAUGGACGAGCUGAAGGAUGGAAAUAUACUACAUAAGCAGAAAAUAGAAGUGUAUAAAAAUGAAAUUAAAAAGUUAAAAGAGGAUUUAAUAGAUUCCAGCAAUCAGGUAGACGAAUUCGCAUCCCUCUUGGAUAAGAAGGAUGAAGUUAUCCAAGGUUUUAAGGAAAAGUUAGAAAAUGUAAACAAGCAGUAUGGAGAUUUGACUAUACAAUACAAUGAAGUAUUAAAGGAAAAUAAAAACUUACAGAUAACGAAUUCAUCCCAUAGUGCGAAUAGCACCUUAAUCAUUCAGCAACUGCAGCAGGAAAUUCACAUGCUAAAUGUAACAAAUAGUCACUUGAAAAAAAUAGAGGAUGAUUACAAAAUUAUUUUACAGGAAAAAACGAUCAUAGAAGACGCAGCUAUAAAGAUCCAGUCUGAAUUGAAAAAGUCGGUUGAUAAAAUUAAAAACUUAGAAACGUACAUACAUACGUUGUCAGUGGAAAUAGCUAAUUUGAAGACACAAAGGGAUGAUUCACUAGAUGCACUGACCAAAGUAGCCAUCGACAAAACGCAAUACGAAAAUGAAGUCAUCCAAAGUAAGAGCAUAAUACACGAUUUGAGGAAACAACUUAGCGAGUACAAAAGCAAUGUCAAACAUGUGGAAAAUAACAUUUGCGAAAUAAAUAAAAUGCAUAUAGAAAAGGAGGAACAAGAAAUUAUGUUAAAAAAUGAAAUAAAAUCUUUGAGGGAAAAUUUAAACGAAAAAACUAUCAAGUUGGAAUUGCUGCAAGAGAAGGAAAGCAAAUUCGAACAGAACACCAUGGCGUAUAAUGAAUUCCACAUGGAAGCGCAGAAGAAAUAUAACUCCUAUGAGAAAAUGAUUCAAAAAUUGAAGAAAGAAAUCGACGAGCUGACUAUAAACAACAAUGAUAAUAUUAUAAUUAUCGAAAAAUUGAAAAGUGAGCUCGAUACUCAGCAGAGGAAUAAUGUGUGUGAUUUUUCGAAGACAUUUUUUCGUAGCGCAGAGGACUUGGUACGUGCUGGUGGGGUUGAUAUUCCUUCCGGAGAGGAUUGUAAUAUAGACAAGGAAGAAUUCCCCAAUAGGCACUCAGAGAGUGACCCUAUACGGGAAGAACGUAACAAGACAAAGAGCGAUAAACCGAAGGGAGAUUUCUACCAAAUGGACUGCACUAAUAAUGAGCAGUCAAAGGAUGAGAACGAAAUGUAUGACUACGAUGACGACUUCACCAUCUUUAUCAACUCGAAUAAAAACAGUUUUGGCAAAAAAUAUAAAAGUGGCACAGAAGACAGACAAGAAAUAAGAAUAAGGGAAGAUGAGGAAGAUGGAAUUAUAGAUAGCUUGAACGACCUGCUAGAUGAUCAGCGGAUAAAUGGACUCAGUCCAACAAACAAGAUGAUGACGGAUGAUGGAAGCAACGUAGGUGAAAGCAAGGAAAUUGAUCACUACAAUGAGAAGUUUGAUUCUGUGGGAAGGAACGAAAAAUCAGGGAAUAACCAAAGGAUGAACGAAUCGGAAAGUUCUUCCAACAGUAGAAGUUCUAAUAUGGAUUUCCUCUCCUUUAGUAAGAAGGAAAGAAGGAAGAAGAGUGCGACAGGGGGAGGCCCCAACCUGGGCAAUGAUCAGUCGACCGUAACAUUAAAGGGCCUGACAUUGUCAGCUCUAAACAGUGGGAGUAACAAUCAUAACGACGGUGGUAAAAGCGGAAGUUGGAGGAAGAAUUCCCACAUGGGUUGCACAGGAAGUGACCGCGGUAGUAGCACCAACAGAAGCAACAAUCGCAACAACAGCAACGACAGUAACAAUAGCAGUAGCCGCGCCACCGUGCCCAGGGACAAACUGUGCAACAAUCUGGACGACUAUUGCGGAAGUGAAAACUCCUCAUCCUACCUGGGGAAUCACGAUGUUUCCCUCUUUAACAGUUCCAAGAUAAAAGAUAUUUUUAAUUUGAAGUCAAUGAACAAGGGGGUUAAAAAUGGCCACUCAAAGGAUGAGAAGAAAUUUGUCAGGGGUACAUCCCAACUGAAGGAUGCAAAUAAAAAGAACGCAUACGAUAUAAGUGGUAGUAAGAGUAAGAGGGAGAAGAUGACCAGGAAUGAAUCUUACGAAGAUAUCCUGUUCGACUUUAAGCGCGAUUGGUCUGUGAGGGAGGACGAGCCUAGGGGGGAAGUGGUCAGUGGGGGAGGUGCAAGAAAGGGUUUGAAAAAUGGUUCGAAAAAUGGUUCGAAAAGUGGUCCGAAAAGUGGUCAAAAAAAGGAUCCACGAAAUAAACCAUCAAAUGAAUAUCCUGGGAACGACUCGGAAUCCCUUCCAUAUGAUAAGACAUAUCAACAGAAGGAGAAAAUGAAUAAGAUAAAAAAUAGGCAAAAUGGAAAGGAUGAUUAUCGAAGUAAAUAUCCCGCGUACAACACGGACGAGGAUGAUGAGACAGAAAAUUAUGUGGAGAAAGAAGGGAAGGGCCAAGAUGAUAAUUAUGGAAAAAAUCAAUUAAGGAAAUCGAAUUAUGACACAAAAAAUUUAAAAAAUAGCGCAGAUUAUCCUUUGAGGAAGGGGGCAUCAUCGCGAAAAAUUACUACACUGCAAAUGUCCAACAGUAAGAACAAGAUUAAGGAUUAUUCAAGUGGAAGUAAAAAGAAGAAUGAUCUUGUUGAUUAUAAUAUACAAAGGAGUACAGCAAGGGAUAAGAUAAUCAACAGGAUAUCCAAAGACGUUAUUGAUACACGUGGAAAAGCGAAAAAAGAAAGCAGUGGCAAGGAUUACUAUAACGAUGACGAAGGGGAUAAAAGGAGUUACAAUUUUAUUUCUCAAACGAGUUACGAGGCUAAUAGUAACACCAGCAGCAUUCUGCUGGACUCAGUCAGUUCCGACUUUGCGCAGAGUAGCAGUGUAGAACAGUAUAACCAUUCCGUGAAGAAGAAACCAAAUGAAUCAUUGAAUUAUUUAAAUUUCAAAAAAGAAUCAGAUUAUAACAAUAUUUUGUGCAGCUCGAACGAUUCUCAUAUUUUGAGUGGAGCUAAUAAAUUAGGAGGGAAAAUCCCUUAUGGCAAAACAUGGGUGGGAGAAAAACAUGGAAGGGUCGACAAAAUAGACAUGGUAAGGAAAAACAGUAAUAGCAACCCAAAUGAGAAGAAAAACGAGUUGUUAGGUACGGAAGAGGGAGAAAACAAUUCCUACCGCAAUGUAAGCUCCCCCUUUGGAGAAAAAACCAAUAAUAAAAUUGAGAAGGCACACAUGAAAGAGGUAGACAUAGAGGGUAAACCUAGGAAGGAACAAAUGAAUAAUAACCCCCCAAAUAAUCAAGAUCUGUACAAUAAAUAUAUGGGUGUUUUACAAAGUUUAAAAAGCGAAGAAAUGGAUGCAUCUGUAAACACAACUAAUAACGUAACCAUCGACUUAACCAACGACUUUAGCAAAACACAGGAAAAUUCCACCUCUAUUUUGUCUUCCUCCAAAACAUUGCAGAAGGAUAGCGUGUUUAGUAAUUUAUCCAAAUUCAAAUUUAAUGAAGAGCUGCACGAAUAUAAUUGUGACCCCCUAAUGAUUAUCAAACCGAUUGAGGAUUCAAACCGGGAACCGUACUAA